AUGGCCCCCUCAGCAAUCGACGGCGACGUCCCGAUCCAGACGAAGAAUAGGAGCGUUCGCCGAGAACCUCUGAAGCUCUCCGGGGUGCUGGAUAGCUAUGAGCACUUUGAUGUGACGCCCGCCAUCGGGCGCGAGUUUCCAAAGGCCAACCUCGUGGAAUGGCUCGAGGCACCCAACUCGGACGAACUCAUCCGCGACUUGGCUAUUACCAUCGCACAAAGAGGCGUGGUUUUCUUCCGGGCGCAGAACGAUCUUACCAACGAGCUGCAGAAGAAGCUCAUCCUCCGACUCGGCGAACUGACAGGCCGCCCCGAGACGUCGGGCCUGCAUAUCCACCCCAUUCUCAACUCGGAGCGGGAGCUGGGGGGCAACGACCCGGAGAUUAGCACCAUCAGCUCGGUGCAGCAUAAGAAGCUCUACCGCAAGCCCGGGGUAGGCGGGCCCAGCCCCAAGAAGCAGUCGACGGCGCAGUGGCACAGCGACAUUGCGUUCGAGCCGGUGCCGGCAGAUUUCUCGUCGCUGCGGUUGACGCAGCUGCCCAGGACGGGUGGCGACACGCUAUGGGCUUCCGGAUACGAAAUCUACGACCGCAUCAGCGAGCCGUACCAAAAGUUCCUCGCGAGCCUGACGGCGACGUUCGAGCAGGCGGCGUUCCGUCAGGUGGCGGAACGGGCCGGCUUCGAGCUCCACGAAGGGCCCCGCGGCGCGCCAGAGAACGUGGGCCGCGAGCUCAAGGCGGUCCACCCGGUCAUCCGGACCAACCCCAUCACGGGGUGGAAGAGCGUUUUCCCCGUGGGAGGCCACGUCAAGCACAUCAACGGGGUGACGGCGGAGGAGAGCAAGCACCUGCUCGACUGGUUCCUGGACCUUGUGUACAAGGGUCACGACCUGCAGGUGCGGUUGAAGUGGCAGAACGAGAACGAUAUUGCCAUCUGGGAUAACCGGAGCGUGUUCCAUACCGCAACGUUCGAUUAUGACGAGGAGGGUGAGCGGUUUGGUAACCGGGCAGUAGGACUCGGGGAGGUUCCGUAUUUCGAUCCACUCAGCAUUUCCCGGUGGUCGGCGCUGUCCUCGUCGCAUGGUGCCGCGCCGGAGCUGGGCUGAUGGGAAUGAGAAGAUGAGGAUGAUGAAUGAUGUCUCCGUAGGAGUAGGUAAAGGAGCU